UAAUGUAGUAAAAAGGUCUUAUAAUUGUGUGUGUAAAAUAAUUUAUAGGGUCUUAAAAUAAUUUUUGUAGCGUAGUUUUACCCAAGUGCGUCUUUCCGGUGUUGCAGUGCUUUUGGUCCCUCGCUCACGGUUUCCCUGGUGCGCGGCGUCGUGUUUUCUCCUGCCAAGUGCACAUUCAUCGUCUUAAAAAACUAAAAUGCACUUAUCUCAGACGCUGGAACUUUUCCCCGACCUCACCGUGACGCAAAUUCUUUUUAAAGAGGUCCAAAAUGCCGCCGAGCUCCGGCAAAACGCCGUGGAGGGGAAAAUAAAAGGUGCCCUGCUCAAGCCCACUAUUCUGGUGAGUCCCUUCCAAGUGUUGGUGGCUGCUAAUAAGGCUGUGCACUUAAAGAAAGUCGGUCAAAUGAAGACAAGAAGCUUAUUUUCAGAGAUCAUCUUAAACCUGUCACCAACAAAAAAUAUCUCAGAAGCCUUCAAAAGAUUCGGGAUCUCGGACAGUGACAACUCGGUCCUGGUGGUCCUGGUCCACGACAAAGAGGAAUCUCACCUCGUGAGGGACAUCGCGACCAAAGUGGACGGACUGCAGAUUCCAGUAGACGACGUGUCCUCGCUGUCAGACCUUGAAAAGAUUAAAAAGCUGUACAAAGUAACUCCUCAGGAGUGUGGCACUCUUCUAGAUGCCGUUGUAUGCAGAAUGGCCACCAAGGAUGUGAUGUAGCUUCAAUAAGUCCCACAUCUUCUGAUACAGUGCAGCGUAUUGUCUAGCGUUCCUCAAAUUAGGAUGUUGCUCAUGGUUUACUCUUCUCUCAACACAAACAAAAAUGUCAACUAGACAGUCAAGAUUUAAUGUCAUGCUUUAUUUGGUUCAAAAAUGUGCGUAAAGAAAAGACAAAAAACAGAAAUAAAAUAUGUCAGUGACACUACAAUAAUUUUCUUUUAGUAUGGCAUUUCUCUAAAAGUUAAUUUUUAGGGAUAGACCGAUUAUCGGCCGUGCUGAUAUUCUGCAUUUUGACACACAUCUGCAUUUUUUAAAAUCAGACAGCCUGUAAGAAAUCAAAUUAAAUCUGAGUAAACUUCAGGGGACUAUUAAAUGGUUUCAAAUUGCUGUUAACUUUACAAGAUGCUGCUGCUGAGCCGAGGAGCUCCCUGCACUUUUUGUUAGAAUUUUAAAACAAAGAUGUCUAUUGUGCAGCCAUCCGUUUUCUGUACCGCUUAAAUAAAACCUUUAACAUGUUGCAAAUCUGAACAUGUGUUUAAUAUACAUAUGCUUAAAGACAUUUAAAUAAAGUAUAAAGUUAA